GAGCGUAGGGCCAAGCGUGUGUGUAUGUGUUUUUUUUUCUCCCCCCUCUUUUCUUCUUUUCUAUAAUACAGCCAGCCGGGCCAUGGAUUCGUCAGUUAAGUGGUCUGAAAGCCAGACGCGAGCCAGGAGUGGGAAGUACUCGCUACGAUUAUAGACGACCAAAACAAAACUUGUUGAAACAUUGAAGUGAAUACAUCUCGACAUAGUUUUGGUUCAAGUUCGUUGAAUCUUGUGUUGCUUUUGUUUUUCAAUUAUAUUCAUGGAGCGCUACAUCUGUCCAGAGGCAUUCACUGCAACAGGUUUAUUAUCGCCGCCGCUGAACUUUGACCCGGCCAUCCUGAGUGACAACUUUCUGUUCCCGUCUGCCGACAAUGUUGCGGCCUUGCCGUCGGACGCGGCGGAUGACCAGUACCGGGACAGCAACAACAACAACACCGUCUACACCAACCACAACAGCGGAUACAGCGACAUGUAUUCUUUGGAGGAUGACGAUGUUUUCGCGGCGGUCAGCGUUGCCGCCCCUGAUGCCGAGGAGGACUACGAGAACGCCGUGUCCGUGGGGUCAAGCGGGGUCAGCAGCGACAACCAAGGACUACUGGACGCAGCCUACGAGUCGGUCAUGAGCAGGCGCCUGACUCCGCUGUUGAAACACGAACUUAAGUACCUGAUCCAGUCCAGGAGGCUGUCCCAAGGGAUGUCCGAGAUGCAGGUCGAGUUUGAGGAGCCGACCACUGGUCAGUUGAGGUCAGAGGAGUUGGAACGUAUUCAGAGAAGGCGUCAUCAAAAUAGAAUGGCGGCCAGGCGAUUUAGGCAGAAGAGGAAAUCAUCAGAAGAGAGUCUUGUGCAGACCAUUGAAGAACUACGUAGAACCAAUGUUGAACUGGAACAGAAGGCCGAGCAAUUACGGCGAGAGAAGAACGAGCUUAUGGAGAUAGUGGCCGCACAUCGCAACUUCUGUCCUUUCUUUCAGCACGAGCUGGUUGGCGGUGCGGUCAGCGACAGUAUACCGUAGCAACCACACGCCAGCCUUGAAACUCAGUGCUUAGAGCACAGACCAAAACAAGACAUAAUGCUCCCAUGAUUAUGACAAUACUGUCGAAACCGGAAAUUUCCUUUUCCAGUGGAUUUUCGUGGACUAUCAAAGGGGUUUUCCCGAUAGAUCUAGACGGCGGGGAAACAUUUGGCUGAUGUCACCGGAUGUGACCCGAGUUGUGGUCAGCUUUAUUUCGUGGAAUCUAAUUGUGUGUAGGAACAUACAUGGUCUACGCCCCGCCCCCUUUGCAAUGUAAACUAAAGGCCAUCUCAUCUUUACGAAAUGUUGAACAAAUCAUGUGAUUUUUUUUAAAAAACAAUGUCGAUCUAAUUUAAAAUCUUUAAAAACUUUUAUAGUACACCGCUGUAGAUAAAAUAUGUUUUAAUGGCAUUCGCAUCAACUCAGGAAAUUUGAUUGAAUAAUACACUUCUACUCAUGAAAUGAAAGAAUUUGAAAGACUUCAAUAACUUUUAGUAACCAUUAUUAAGGAAACCUCAGAAUUUGCGCUAUUCAACUUUAGCUUUAUCAUCAUAGGAAUCCUUGGGUCUUAGGCCUCUUUUCUUUGCCUCUUUUUUGGGAUCUAUGUGCCUCUUUUGUGGGCUUUUUUUUAUGUGUUUAUUUGUAAGUUCUCAUAAUUCACAAGUAUUAAAUCAUAAACAAUUGAAAAGUGAUGAACCUAAAAAUAUAAUAAUAGUAAUGGAAAUAAUUUAAAACUAUACUACUCUAUUCACUUCAAAAACAAUGAAGCUCCAACAGUAUUUAUUGUUAUCAAUGUAUGUUUCGAAAUUGGUUUUGUAUUUUAGCAUCUUAUAAAAUGUUAUUUUUAUGAAUUAGUUCAUCCACAUUUAUAACAAACUCUUGGUUAGAUUGGUUUGAAUGUCUUGACUCUAAAAACAAUGCUCAUGUUAUAGUUUUUGUUAUAAACCAAAUUUUAAAAGCAUUGAAGUUGGUGAUUUUCUUUUAAAAAAAUUUAAUUGUAGAUAUGUUUGCCUUUAAAAUGUGUUUGUGCUGACCUAAAUAAAUGCAAGUGUAUUCAAUCUUUAAUAUGUUUCUUUAUCAUAGAAAAGUAUUUAGAAAAAACACACAAAAACUAAUUAAUUUUAAAAGCCGACUAUAGUUGUAUCGCGACUGAAUCUGUAUUGUAUAGGAUUAAAGUCAACUAUUGAACUACAACUCAGGUUCACUGUAGAGCAAGCAUAGUUUAAGUGCAUGGUCCAAUAUUCACAUAUAUCAGUUAGUGUCUAGCCAAAUACUAUUAAGAGGAUUUGACGGGAACAUGGAGGAAUAUCUGAAUUACUUUCAGAAGUGAAACAUCUUUGUCUCAAGAGGAACAAAAAGUAGAGCACACUAAGAUUCUGUUAUAAAAAAUGUUUAUGCGGACAUAAUGCAUUGACACCUCGGAUUGCGAGCUAAAUUCGUUAUUGAGACUUGAAAAUAAUUUAAAAUUCGUAUUUCAAAGUAGAAAUCUUACCUAAAGAAAUAAACUUCUAGAAAUGAGAUUUUUUUCCCGAAGUAAUACAUUAUUUGAGCUACCAAAAAUUUGGCUUAGAAUUGACAACUAGAACUAAGGAAGAACAAUAAUAAAGUUUUGUUUUUAAAUUUAAGAAACUUAAAACGUGAUAACCGUUCAAACCUGUUUUCAUGGACAUUUCAGAUUGCGGAACGUCGUGUGCUAGAUCUCCAAUACCGUCUUCUAAAUGUUUAUGGUACUUCAUCUUCAGAGAACUCUUCAGUAUGUACCAUUAAUUUAAAGAAUGUCUAGAAAUAACACUUUAUAUUGUGAGGGAUAAAAGGUGUUUAUGGUCUGCUCUGCUCAAUAAUGUUUGGAUGCUGGUGUUACUGAUACAUACUGCUCACAAUGUGAUGGCACAGCCCCAUACUGCUCACAAUGUGAUGAUGAAGCCAAAUACUGCUCACAAUGUGAUGAUGCAGCCAAAUACUGCUCACAAUGUGAUGAUGCAGCCAAAUACUGCUCACAAUGUGAUGAUGCAGCCAAAUACUGCUCACAAUGUGAUGAUGCAGCUAAAUACUGCUCACAAUGUGAUGAUGCAGCCAAAUACUGCUAAGAAUGUGAUGCUGGUGGUGCGCAGUGCUUAACUGACAUGAGUAUCGAUACAGACUACUCACAAUAAACUGGUGUGAUGAGGUAGGGUGCCGACUAUGAUGAAGUGUUCAUUCAUUAUAUCUCAGAGGACAGUAAAUACACUUUACAUUGGAUGAAACAAUGCAGUUACACGGCCGCAAGUCAAAAAUAUAACUCUAGGCAUUUAGUAACAUUUUUACCCAAUAGUGUCAUGCGUAAUACAUGUUGCUCGCUGAUCAGUUUUUUUUAGUCGUAUUUCAAAUCCAAACUUAUUACACUUCCGAUCAUGCGCAAUGCUCGCAAACCGAGGUAGUUAACAACUGAUCACGUACUUGUAGGUAUGCUUAUAGUAGAUGCAAUAGAAACCACAAAGUGGCAGCACCAUAUCACAAUGCUACUACAGGGUUAUGACUUACUGGUUUAAAUCUUUGUGCAUUGUUUUUGAAAUCUUGCAUCAUACACAUUUCAUUUUGUUCCAUCGGUCAUAGUUCACAUCACAAUAUUCAUGUUCCGUCAUACAAUCACAAUGUUCAUGUUCUGUCAUACAAUCACAAUAUUCAUGUUCCGUCAUAGAAACUGCUGUCAUCAUGUGGUCCACCCACCCACCAUCUAAGGCUGCCCCCAAUGUCAUCAUGUGGUCCACCCACCCACCAUCUAAGGCUGCCCCCAAUGUCAUCAUGUGGUCCAACCACCCACCAUCUAAGGCUGCCCCCAAUGUCAUCAUCAUGUGGUCCACCCAGCCACCAUCUAAGGCUGCCCCCAAUGUCAUCAUCAUGUGGUCCACCCACCCACCAUCUAGGGCUGCCCCCAAUGUCAUCAUCAUGUGGUCCAACUACCCACCAUCUAAGGCUGCCCCCAAUGUCUUUCAGACGAUACCAAGUCUAUGAGUACUCGCCUUGUUACGGACGACUACUUCGUUUGGUAAUCUAGCGAACGUUUUAUAAAUAGAACAUUAUCCAGAUUUGUUUUGUUUAAGUAUUAUUAAAAUGAGCUACCUCAAGCGUUACAUUUAGCGUACUCAGGAGCGUGGAGUGGGGGGAGGGGGGAUUUUACUUCAUCUCUAUUAGCAUAAGAUUGUUUCAUUUAUUUAAAUCAGCGCCUCGGGGAUGGCAUAAUCUCACAUUUUACUAAAAGAAAGUCAGGGUCUCUAUGUUCAAAUGAUUUUAGUAACACCUUAGACAUAAGAUCUUGGCAGGGCAUUGUAGCGACUAUGUCCUAGAAAAAAAAAUGUAAGAGCCUGGCUUUGUAAUUGUAAAGUGAAUGUAGAUAGAAUCUGGGAAUUCCGUAGGUUGGUCAUCAGUGUUACAGCUCAGUCCAGUCUUUGCUGACUAUAAAUCAAAGGAAAGACUUAUCUCCAGAAGUAGAAGAAAGGGCGACAACUUUUUACGUCCUCGUCACGGUGUUGCAGCAAACUUUAGUGUUUGUGUGUGUAUAAAUCUAUUAGAUUAUGUUUCACACAUAGGCUUGGCUGACAUUGUACAUUGUCUAAUCAAUGGAUUGAAUCCUGUGCUUCCUGUUUAUGUUUUAUUUUUAGAUUUGCUCAUUAUUAGAAAAUUAUUUUAUGACUUUGAUAUUUCUGUUUAAAAGUUUGUUUUAAAUUUAUCAUUAUACGCAUUCUCAUUUUUCAUUCCGUUUUUUUUUUUUUUUUUUUUUUUAAAUUCUCAUAUUUUCUCUGUUCAUCGCUAACUGUUCUCUACUCUCUAGGCUUUUGUUUUAGUUGUAUGAUAAACAAGUAGAUCUAAACCAUAGAAUACAUCUCCAAUAUUUUAUACGUUUGUAUUCCAAUUAUGAUUUGUCAAAAUGUAAACAAGAGUGUAUAAUUUAAAAACAUAUAAUAGGUAUUGAAAGCAUUAUCUGAAUAGGAUGUAGAUAAUUAAAAAUUUAGAAAUGAAAUGACUUUUUGUAGCCUUCUAUACAAAAUAACAUUUGAAUUAAAAAAAAUUAAAUUACAUAUCUAUGGUUGCAUCUGUCAGCCAGAACUAAAUCUAACGCUUACGUUUGGGUUUCCAGGGUAAGUAAGGACACUGUUAAAAAUGCCAAGUUCAAUGCCUGGAUAGAAGAUUGUCAAUAAAAUUUUAGUUAACUAGAAUAUAGAUAUAUGCUUCUCAUGUUAUGAUACAGUGAAAAGAUUUGCUUUUUAUAAAUUAUUAACAGAACCCCUGCGCAAGCGCCAAAGCGGCUGCGCCAAAGCGGCUGCGCCAAAACGAUUAUCACGCGAAAAACAGCUGCGUCAAAUCGUCGCGUACCCGACCUUACAGUCUCAUAGUAUGUCUGGCUACCCCAACAAAAUUAAGCUAGGGAUUAAACAGGCAUUUUAGCGCUUUAUCAGCAGCUUUAUACUCGGCGAAAGACUAAAUGCUUUAAUUGUAGUUUGACAACCCUAAAAUGUAGAGCUGAUCAUUGCUUUAGUUGAACAUUUGAUAGUUCAGUUGCCCCAAUCCCCUCGUUUGAACUUUCAAUGAAUUUUUUUUUAAUUUUCUGUCUCGAUGUUUUCUGUUAAUAAAGAUUUGUUGUUUAUAUUCUGCCUUUUUUUUUUUUUUUUCAUAGUUUAUGACGACACAUUUUUAUUAUUCCUUUUUUCUUUUCUUAACAUGCGACAAGCUUGAUCACGUGAUCGAGUCUGUUCACGUGAUCGAGUUUGGUCACGUGAUCGAGACAGCUGCUGAUGAGCAUCCUUUUGAUUGAAAGCAUUUUCUAAAGUGAUGUACAGUUUACUCAAGCUCUAAGAACAGGAUUGCCUACCUCCUCUACUCUUUAUAGUUUCAGGGGAGAGGGAUAAAGAUCUUUAUUCUACCCUGAUUUCAUGGGAAUAAACUCUUUUUUUUUUACUUUUCAGUUUAGCUUUUGAAACAUGAGUCUCUAAAUGUUUGAAGUAUCACUGAGAGGCUAUGUCUAGCACCAUAGAUGUAGUGUAGUGAGAUACGGUUGUUACUUCUGUGUUACUUACUAUAGGGAGUCUCUUGUUUUUAUCAAACUUAUAUCAGCUCACUCUGUCUGUCAGGGUACACGUAUUUUCUCCCACUUUCCAUUCUCGGAUUAAGUUCAAACUUUGCACGCUGAUAUAUUACCCGUAACAAAACGUGAACCGAUUGAAAGUAAACAAGGUUACAAAAGACAGUUUGUGUGGAAACACAAACUCAAAAUCGGCCCCCGAAGUGGUCCACCCAGGCAGGCUUCAAUAUUUUCAGAAAGAACAUCCGAAUGAAAUUAUAUUAAACACAAAUGAGAGAUAAGAAUGGAGAAAGAAGGUUAACAGAUCUUGUGUAGUGCCCCAAAGGUCCCGCAGAUCAAAGGAUAGGUGAAAGUGAAUGCAAAGUUAGAUUUGAACCUGGCCUAACUAGUUCCCCUUUCAGACCUUGUGAUUUAAAGUUCAUCUGUUUUUUGUGGCCUAUGGUUAACGAGGGUGUCAUGUAGCCAGCACAACGACCGACCGCCUUUACUUUUCCAGAACUAAUGUCAGGUACCCAUUAGAGCUGAGUGGACUCAGAGGCGCCCAAAGACUCCAAAGUUGAAUUUUCGGAUUUUCAAUAUCUUUUCUAGUUUACGAGAUCUAAACGGGACGGACGGACAGACUGACAGACAUUUCGCACAAAACUAAUAGCGUCUUUUCCCCUUUCGGGGGCCGCUAAUAAAUAAUUAAUUAAUAAGUGAUAAUUAAUUAAUUGUAUUUGAUCUAAAGAAGGUAAAUAAAUCUUACAGUAUUAAGAUAUAUGGCUGUAACAGUGCAUCUUCUUUUUUGAAGUAACGUCUGUAUUAUAUAAGAUAAGAUAUGAUAAGUUCUCUCCUCUAUAAUAUAUUCACUUAAAUAAUACAAGUACUGUUUGUAAUGUAUUCUACUUUUUUUUUGUUUUACGUUAUAAGAGUGAACUCUUGCAGCAACCAAUCAAAUCAGAUUCUCUCCCCCUGGCUAUGUUCUUAAGUCAUUUAAAGAAAUAUUUUGGUUAGUGUUAAUUGACGUCAUGUAAAUAUUUAUGUAAAUAUAUUUUUUAAUGUCCAUUUUAAAUGUUUUUUUAUCAAAUAAAAAAAACAUACAGAUUUGUGGUGACCUGAUUUAUUGGAUAGUUAGAAGUUCAUAUCUACGACGAGAAAGUGUUUAAACCUCGUGCUACAAAUUUUAUUAUAUUUUUAAUUAAUUUUUUAUAUUACUAUUUGUAUAAUUUUUUGUAAAAAAUAUAAUUUUUGUUUAUAAGAUUGAGAUUUUUAAAAUUCGAAAACUGUUUUUCAUUAGAUGAAAGCGUACCUACGUAGCCUUAGUGACCAAGUACCCACUAAGUGACCUACUUAUUGGCCCAAAAUGGUAAUUAGCGCAGUGGUCCCAAAAGUGCCCUAAUUAGUGGUCAACUUAGUCACUUACUUAUUGGCAUAGUCCCCAUCUUGAUGGACUACCUUGUGCCAUCUUAACAAAACAUGAAUGUAAGAACGUUACUUGUGUGUCUCAUCUCAAUAGAAAUGCUCAUGCUCUCAAUGCUGCCUGCUCUUACAUUCACAUGUUUGUUUGUUUUUUAUUAUUAUUGAUUUUGUUAUCAAAUUGUUAUUGAUGAUAAACAAAGUUCUGAGGAGCUAACUAAUAAAAACCAAUCACUGAA